UUGGCGUGAAAUGAAAAUGUUUCUUGGUGCAACAAAAACCAAGCUUCCCUCUGAGUUUUCCCAAAAUUUUGUGUGUUUAUUCGGAUAAAAUAGUGCAAAAGACCAAUAAAUAGUUGUGAAAAAGUUGAAAUAAUGAAUAUUUCUUGUGAUUUAUGGUAAAAGAAAGCCCAGCGAAUCCAUGUAAAUGUGUAGCAAGAUGGUCAAAUCGCUCGGAUGUGAAUUAAGUGGUGGACGAAAUUCACUUGGACUUGUUGUUGUUGUUGGCCCAGCAAACAAUCCGGCAUCUCCUUCCACACAAGCUCUAUUUGCCACCCCAUCCAAAUUACCACGAGCGCGUACAUUUGGGCGGUUUGUACAACACGAUCGAACAGAUCUUUCUGUAUGGAGUCAAUAAAUCGUGAUGAGAACAAUGCUUGCCGCCAUCAAUCAAAGAAAUCAUUGCAGGUGGCUUCCAACAAUGUUGUAACCUGGGAUGCAAAGAAACGUUUCAGCAGCAGCAGCAGUAGCAGUAGCAGCAGCAAAUCAUUGAGCAAUAAAGGGGACAGCAAGGAGAAGAGUGGGGUGUUUGGGAAGGUGCACAAGGACGCAUCAAAAUCAAAUUUAAUUGCUACAGAAUCAAAAGAAACUAAUUUCGAGUACGACGACCACGAAUGGGAUAUUAGAGGUAUUGGUGACUUGAUCACCGAUCUCGAUGCAGACAUUGAGAAAUCCUCAUUUGUAAACACCCAUCAUACGUCCCAUGAGAAUAAAGACACAUCAUCAACGGAGAAGACUGAGACUAUAGUCGGGGAAAAAGCGCAAAAUUUACAACAAACAUCCCAAAUUGUCACAAUGUCAUCAACGUCCAGUGGAUCUGGAAAUAAUAAGGCUAUGAAAUUGUCUGUUGACCAUCAGGCGACACUCGAAAAAGGUCUCAAGAUGAAGAUAAAGAGGACAAAGCCAGGCACUAAGACGUCUGAAGCGAAACACGUAAUUGUUAAAUCGGAACAAAAUGGUUUCCCAUCGGAGAGAGAUGACAGCAAUAUAGUUGACAACAAAAAACAAGGAUCUGGACAUUUGGUACAACAGCUACCAACAACAGCACCAGCACCGGUGAUUGCAUCGAAGCGCAAUAGUUCUCAUCGGCGAGAUAAAGUUAAGGAUAAGGCAGCUCAGCGGGAGCUCCAUGAGCAGCAGCAGCAGCAGCAGCAACAACAACAGAACACAGAUAGUGGGGGUUGUGGAUGUUCUCACGAUGGGGAUGACUAUUCAUGUGGGAAUUUGGCGUGUCCACGCAAUAAGACAGCCACCGAUACGGCCAAGAUGCUAAAUAUCCAAGCUGAUGUGACAAUGACAUCAGCAGAUGCCCCAACUGGAGGAACUACCGCUGGUGGUGGUGGGAAUACAGGCGAGGGUAAACACUUUGGUAUGGAUAAAAUAGCCAGCAAUCAUGCAGCUGGUGGAUCAGCCAAGAAGGAGGCACAACAAUCAAUCAUUCCGAUGAAGACAGACACUGUUGAUGGUGAUGGAAAGCUCCACACAGCCAGUGGUGGUGGUGGUGGGAAUAUCUUGUCGCUCCAUGCAUCCUCAUCAGCUGGUGCCCAGGAGCACGAUGACACACUCAAAUCGCCACCGCUGAAAAAGUUAAAAUGUGAUCAGAAGGUUCUACAUGACAUGUCCGUUGGUACGUCCGUUGGUACAAUCACUGAACCCGAUUGUCUGGGACCAUGUGAGCCGGGUACGUCGGUGACAUUGGAGGGGAUUGUGUGGCAUGAAACGGAGGGUGGUGUACUCGUUGUGAAUGUUACAUGGCGCGGGAAGACCUACGUUGGUACCCUCUUGGACUGCACACAACAUGAUUGGGCACCACCAAGAUUCUGCGAUUCACCCAUUGAGGAUCUUGAUAUGCGGACACCAAAAGCAAGGGCAAAACGCGGAAGAAGUGCCGCAAAUACAUCGCACAAUGAUCUGAGUAAUUUCACCGAGACUCGCAGUUCCGUACAUAGCAAAUUACGCAACUGUGGUGCAAAAGGUCGCGGUGGACAGCGUCUCUCUACAACAACAUCCACAAAUUCCUCCCCCGUAUCCACAGUUUCCACUGCAUCAGCAUCAAUUUCCUCCACAACAACCUCAUCAACAUCAUGCGGUGUUGGUGGAUCAGGUGCUGGUGGUGGUGGUGGUAGUGCUGUGACACAGCCCAUGUCACCGGUUUCACGGCAUGAUAAACGUAAAUCGCGCGAUGAGGUGGAACCCACGUCAGCGGUGUCUUCCGGUACGGCGGCAACAGGGUCAGCAGCAGGAAGUGGUGGUGGUGCACCAAAUGCUGAGCAAACACAGAACAUUAUAAACCCAAUAACGGGGCUAAAUGUGCAGAUUGUAACGAAGAAAUGCACCAUAACACGAUGCCCUGUGUCACCGGUGCUGCUGGAGUGCCCGGAACAGGAUUGCAAUAAGAAAUAUAAGAAUCCCAUUGGAUUGAAAUAUCAUCAGAGUCAUGCACAUGGAGGGGGAUUUGUUUCCAUGGAUGAAGAAUCCCCGCCAACACCGGAAUCCCCACAGACAGUAACGACUGAUGGUGUUGCGGCUGCAGGGCAAAAUGCUGCUGAUAUGAAGAAAGCACUGAAUGGCUCAACGGAACCAUCAGUUCUAGCGGGUGCGGAGGAUGAUGAGGUGGCUGAGAAGGCUGCACCAACAUCGGCAACUCCGCAGAAUACAAAGAGGAAUGAAGUUGAGAUGCUGAAUCCACUUCAGCAUGGAUUUACUACGCAACAACAAACUCAUGUUGGGGCUACGUUCCCCAUUAAACCGGGUGGAGUAGCAGCAGCAGCAGCAGCAGGGAGUCAACAACUUGGGGAUGUUGUAAAGAAUGAAACGGAUUUACAUUUUCCACAAUCAGGAAAAAUAUUUGCAGAUGAAGAAAAGGAUGGGCAAGAGAAGCCACAACGUGUUUUACUUUGCCCACCAAAGGGAGGAGUUGCAGCAUCAGAGGUUCAGGGUAUUGUUUCAGCUGUUGCGGAUGAUGCAGCAGAUGCCACAUACCUGGGGAAAGGGAAUGCCGGUGACUAUGGGAGGCAGAAGAAAAAUCGUAAAUCACCAACAAUUGCGGAGAAUGCCAAUGAGAAUGCUACAAUUAAUCGUCCGGAUGAUGUAAAGAGUCCAGCAUACAGUGAUAUCUCUGAUGAUUCCACACCAGUGAUAGAUUCCGAGAAUUCCGAAAAACUCCGACUUGUAAAGGGAUUAGAUGAGCGCCAGCCAGCUGUGGAAGUAUCAACGAAUUCCAUAAAUAUUGGAAAUUUCGGCAUGUACCCAUUCUACAGUCAAUCAUCCUUUAUGAUGUCACCGGAACAUUUGCGUGCACAAGCAGCGGCGGGUAAAGUACCACCAAUACCUGCAACAGCUGGUGCUCCACGAGGGGUUGUUGCUGGUACAGCGGAUUAUGGGGCAACAAAGGCUUCCAAGGAGUCACAACCACCACCAGUGGAUCUCAUGAAUAAAUCUCAGGCCGUUGAUCCUGCAAGUGGUGGUGGUGGGAAUUCCGGGCCACCUCCAUCACAGAUGUCCCUCAAGGAUUUCCCAAGCAAUGCGCAACAAGCAAAAGUUCUCUCUCAUUUCUAUCCUUACAACUUCAUGUCGAGUGGAUAUGCGUAUGAUCUUGAAUCCAGCUACGGUGCUGUUGGGCUAAUAUCAUCAACGGAUGAGAGUAAGGAUACGAGCAAUAGAUCAGCAACACCAACAAGUGGAAAGGAUGAUAAUAAUCCCUACAAACAGGCAUCAUCAAGUCCAAAUGAUCCAAUAAAGACAACACCAUCGAAGGUCUCGAUAAAAGUGGAAUCGCACACUGGGGGUAAAGAAUUGACUGAUUCACACAUGUCCUGCUACACGAAGGAGUCUUCCCCGCAUAUUCCCAAUCAUUUCCCUUCCGCGGCUGCUGUUGCAGCAGCAGCUGCAUACCAAAGCCAAAGGCCACAUGGCGUUCCAACGUCUGUCCAUCAGCUGGCAGCAAGAGAUGAAGAUCUCAAAAGAUUCUACGUUUAUUCGGACAGUAGACGCUUAAAUCCCUCUGCCGUGGGUGGGAGUGGUAUAAAAGAAGAACCCCCGUAUGGGCAUCCAAUGUCUGCUGGGCCUGGGGGGGGAUCAAUUUCAAGUGGUCAACCACAGCAAGGAGGUGCAUCACAGCCCCCAGGUGUGCAACAGGUGCCACCAGUUAGUGCCCAUGGGAGUGGUGGACCACCAAAUGGACAAUCACAGAGUCAGGGGUCAAAGGGUGGUGGUCCAUCUGCCCCAUCGGGUGCUUCGUCAUCCACUGCUGUGAGUGAGCGGUCAAAGAUGCAACAACACGGCGGUGGGGAUGUGAAGACAGAAGAUGGGGGUGGUGGUGGUGGUGGUAAGCAAAUAAAGCAAGAAGGGCAAAAGCCAACAAUGGAAACUCAAGGUCCUCCACCACCACCAACGUCACAAUACUACUUGCCAUACAUAAAUCCGUCACCAUUCCCCUUUGACACGGCACAUCCAAUGUACAGGAAUAUGCUUGUCCCAGCUGCCCCGUAUAACCAUCCAUCGACAUACCAUCACAUCCAAAUGGCCGCUGCAGCGCGCUACCACUCACCCGAGGAUCUCUCGCGGACAUCCAACCCAAAAGCAUUGGAUAUGCUGCAGCAUCAGGCAACGCAGUACUACAAUUCCCACAAGAUACACGAAUUGAGUGAGAGGGCACUCAAGAGCCCAACAAGUGGUACAGCAGCAGCCACACAGGGGCAAAGUGGUGGCCCUGGUGGUCCUGGGGGUUCAAGUGGUGCUGGGGGUGGUGCAGGAGGAAGUGCAAGUGGUGCGAAGAUUUGUGUCUCUAGUCCAAAUUCGAGUUUAGUGCAGCAGCAGCAGCAACAGCAGCAACAGGCAACAACGUCAGUUGCAUCAGCAAUUGUUGGUGGUCCGGGUGGUGCUGCGGCAAAUGCCGGUGGUCAGGGCGGUGUUGGAGGAAGUGCAAAUGUCGUUGGGGGUCCAAAGGGGGAUGACAAGAGUGGUACAGGAAGGAGUCCACCGCCUCAGAGGCACGUACAUACGCACCAUCAUACACACGUAGGACUCGGCUAUCCCAUGUAUCCGGCUCCGUAUGGAGCUGCCGUGAUUGCCAGUCAACAAGCAGCUGCUGUUGCGGUCAUUAAUCCAUUCCCACCAUCUGGUCCCGGCAAGUAAAAAACAAACAAAAAAUGAUCGACAGGAGGGAGAGGGUGUGAGAGAGAGAGGUGUGAAAGAAGCGGAGAGAGAGAGAGUGACAUGGACACUUGUUAAUUCUGCUCCAAAGGGUCAGAAGAAGAAAAAAAAAAACUAAAAACAAAAUAAAAGGACUGUAGGUGAAAAACAAAAGAAAAAA